AUGAUUUUUCAUCUUACGGUUGUCACACUGAUUUUGGUUUUAUGGAAAUACAACGACUUCAUUCUCUCCCGAAUCAUCUCCUACUUCACCAAAUGCGAAGUUCGAAUCGGCGGCGUCGGAUUCGUCCGCCUAGAAGACGUCACCAUCAGAAUCGCCUGGCUUUCAAUCCACAUCGAUGUGAUCUCACUGAAACGAGACUCCGCCCACCCGACACGCUUCGGGAUUCUGGUACUAGAAGACGUGCGGAUAGAAGCUGAGAAGAAUGACGUCACAUCCACGUCAUCCUCAUCAACGACGUCAGGCACGUCUUCUAGGAAAAUCUGGCUUCAGCGAUUCACCCGACUCGCGCAGUACUGUGGAUUAGUGAUCAACAGAGUCCACAUCGUUGUGAUGAACACUAUCCCAGAGUGUCUUCUCCACGUCACCAUCGACGAGCUGUCUCUGGAGACAUUCAGAAGUCGUGAGGGGUGGCAAUUCGAGACGUCGUGCUCGCUGAUUCAAGGGAAGUUGCUCAGACGGAAUUCGAAAAGCGAGAGGAGUCUUCUGGCUGAAGUCUCCAUGCCAUUCCAGCUAUCAUUGGAUAUUGAUAAGGAUUAUGUUGACAACGUGGCAUUGAGAAUCUCAACGCCUUCUUUUGCAUUCAACGAUGACUUUUUGAUGGUUGUGGAGAGUUGUUUGAGUAGGAGGAUGACGUCACAGGCUCCAUCAGAAGACGUCGUCGCCAUCCAAGAAGACUCUUUUCUCUCGAAGCUUCUCUCCUUGAACAUUGACAUCCGAUCGAUAUCCCUCAAAUAUACAGUAACCUCGGGUACCGAAUCCCGCUACGUCACCACCAACAUCAAACAGAUUCAAGCCACACGAACCAGCUUUCAAAUUCUAGAAUUGAUCAUCGCUGAUCAAUUGCUCAGGUCAGAAAUCCGUCUGAAUUCGAUACAGUAUGAGCAAUUGGACACCGAUCAGGAGAGGAUUCGUCGCUCAGCGAUCGAUGGGAUUAGCGCGAAGGUGUCGAUGCACGAUUUGCACUGGUGGAAGGUGAGUGUCGAGAAGCAGGAGAGGAUUCUGGAGAGGUUACGAUUCAGAAGAGGAUCGGAAGCUUCAUUUGACAAUGGAAAUUUUGGAUUUCGACUAUCAGCGAAGCCAGAUGAAUAUGAGCAAUUGGACACCGAUCAGGAGAGGAUUCGUCGCUCAGCGAUCGAUGGGAUUAGCGCGAAGGUGUCGAUGCACGAUUUGCACUGGUGGAAAGUGAGUGUCGAGAAGCAAGAUAGGAUUCUGGAGAGGUUACGAUUCAGAAGAGGAUCGGAAGCUUCGUUUGAGUAUUCUGAGAAGAAGAGAAGGAUCGCAAUUGAAGUUUCAGAUUUGACAAUGGAAAUUUUGGAUUUCGACUAUCAGCGAAGCCAGAUGAAGUUAGGAUUCUUAAGCUUUGAAAAGUCUACAGUACCCCAGGAAGACUCCCAAGAGUACGAGCUCAGCCUAGAGCUCCUUUUCUUUGGAUCCAUAUUUCCCGAAUUGGGGCAGAUCCCAGUGGAUCUGCCCCAAUUCGAAAUGCACCGUUGGGGAGAGUCCGUGUUCAUUGGUGCCCUUAUAAUACAGUGGAAAGUAACGGGCUCCCUAAUAGAUGUCACUUGUGGGUGUGACGACUUCAAAUUCGAGUGGUCUGAUCGUCUAGCCAGUCAUAUUGAGGGGAUUCUGAUCUUUGGAAGAUCAGGAGCGGAGGCGAAUAUCAAAAAGGAUGGGCCAGAGAAGAUUCUGGCACUCCAGGUGUCCAUGAAUCGAGUAGCGGUGCUGGUAGAUGUCGCUAGUAAGACUUCCAACAAGUCCUAUUCAGCGUUAACAGCAUCAAAACUAGAAUUCGUGACAGAAGACGUCAGAAACGAGCGAAUUCUCAAAAUUGAGAUGAUCCGAGGAGCCACUGGAAUCCGGAAUUCAGGCCUUAACGAGGAGCUCUACCUAGCAGAUAUCUUCGAAUCAGAGAGAGUCAAACCGAAGGAAGAGGAUGAAGAGGAGAAGCAAACGACGUCGCCGACAAGAAGAUGGAGUCAGCUGGAGCGCGAGAAGAACUAUCGAGAGGAGAGAGCGCAGAGAGAACGGGGCUCCGAGUACAAGCAAUUCGUGUCGAUGGAUGUUUUGGAGGUUCUGUUGGAUCGGGAGGCACCGGUAAUCGAUAAGAUAUCGAUUUUCACACCCAAUGAGGUGUAUCUGGCAUGGUCUCCACAGCUACACUUGAUUGCGUUUCAUGCGUGGAAAUCGGUUAGAAAAACAUUCCAACACCUUCCAAAGCCGUCCACCCGAAAAGUUCCCCGCAAGAAGCACCUGAUCCUCACCGCCACAGACUUCGUAGAAGUGCAAAUCGAGCUAGCGAGAAACCAUAGAAUGUUCUGGCAAGGCGAAAAGUUCAAUUUCGAGCGAUUCGACAGCCAGAUGCGCAUGUCAACGGAGAUGUUGUAUAUUCUGAUGAAUGAACAAAAGAUCAUCAGUGUGCUGAAUCCGUGUAUCCUUGUCCAGACCCAUGACGAGAUGAUGAGUCAGUCGAGAGCCGCAUUUGCCACGUUGCAAGCGGAAGCUAACAAAAUCUGGAAUUGGACGGCGGAUAAGUUCCUGUUCCGCCUCCCAACAUUCCAACACCUUCCAAAGCCGUCCACCCGAAAAGUUCCCCGCAAGAAGCACCUGAUCCUCACCGCCACAGACUUCGUAGAAGUGCAAAUCGAGCUAGCGAGAAACCAUAGAAUGUUCUGGCAAGGCGAAAAGUUCAAUUUCGAGCGAUUCGACAGCCAGAUGCGCAUGUCAACGGAGAUGUUGUAUAUUCUGAUGAAUGAACAAAAGAUCAUCAGUGUGCUGAAUCCGUGUAUCCUUGUCCAGACCCAUGACGAGAUGAUGAGUCAGUCGAGAGCCGCAUUUGCCACGUUGCAAGCGGAAGCUAACAAAAUCUGGAAUUGGACGGCGGAUAAGUUCCUGUUCCGCCUCCCGUUCGACUUCAAUUUCGCUGAGAUUUUCACGGAAUUCUCUAACAUCAUUAAAUGGAUUAAAGUGGUCCAUGAGGUCCAAAAAUCGGGAUUCACUGAGCAAUCUCCGUUGCCUAGUGACGUCCGCAUCGAGUUCCAGGAGGUUUGUCUGGAAUUGGAGGAUGAUGAGUUCGAGAAUCGGCUGAAAUUGGCGGCACAGUUGAAGGAGGACGAGGUUUAUGAAAGGGAGAAGAGGGACGAGGCGAUGGAUGAGCAGUUGGCGAACUUGAAGAAGAUGGGCACUUUCCUAUCGAAAGAAACGCUGGAGAAGAUUCGCCGGCGACUGUUCGAGAAGAACAGUGAUAUCUACAUACAUCGUUGGAACGUGACGGAAAUCAGUGAUGCUCCCCUGUUCCUCUCGAAAUGGAAGGGUUGGAGUAUGCGGGCAUUCGCGGAUCUAUCACUUCAUGGAACCGAGAAGUGCAUUCAGAUGAUGAAGUCGUUUGAUCCUCUAAGUCCAAUACCAGAACAGAAGUAUUUAACACUAUGGGCUAGAGCUGUGGAGUUUGAUGUUGAUGAGUGGACGGUGACGUUCAAAGGUGGGUACAGUAGUCAUUUAGCCAAUUUUCACGGAAAAAUAGCGAAAUUUAGAGCUCCAAAGGUCCCAAAAUACAAAAUAAAAGACAUCUGGACAAACAAACACACAGAUUUACCAUUUUCAGAUUAUCCCAUGAAAUACCUUGACAUCAAAGACCUUCACUUCUUCGGCACACUAGUGGCUGCUGAGAGUAUUGCUGAUGAUGGACGGUGUCUCAGAGAGUGCACCAUCCCGCUCCCCGACCCAUUUCCAACGCAUACUGUACAGAGGAACAUGUCGCCGCUGAAAUUCUAUUAUGAUCUUCAGUGUGCCAGCACCGAGUACAACUGCACCUACGGCCCGUGUUGGGAACCCUGUCUCUCGAUGAUCUCUCUCGUGUGGAACAGCAUCUCCGCCCCGUCGUUCGACCCCUCGCAACCCCUCCCAUUCUGGGAUAAAAUGCGUUUCCUCCUCCAUGGAAAACUUCUAUGGUCCAGUGAAAAGAUAGUGACAACGAUGCUAGCCUCAAACGAUCCCUACAACGAAACAGAGACCGUCGAGAUGCUUUGGGAGGACUUCGGAUUGGAUUGGGCACUUGGAGAGAUUCGAAUCAAGUCGGGACUCAAGAUUUUCUUGAGGACCGCUUCGAGAUACGAUGAUUCACAGAUUCUAUCACUUCCGGAUGUUCGACUCAAGGUUCUAUUGGGAUGGGAGUGCAGUGGAGAUCCACAUGAACAUCAUGCAGUUCAGCUAUGUGCUCCUGACAAGUUGCCACAUUAUUCUUCGACAGAAGAACACGACUCAUAUCGUCAAUUCCGUUCGUCAUGUGUCAAUGUGACACUGAAUUUCGAUGUGUCACCUGGAAGUUGUACCUCUAACGAGAAAAUGCCCAACCUGCUGCUCUAUUCGAACACUUUCCGAUGGAUUGAACAGUUUUUGAAGUCGCUGACAACGAAAAAUCGAAAUGUACGCAGGGGAAAAGUGUUUGGGAACCGGGUUCUGUUGAAACCUCAGUUAUCGAAACAUUUCGGAAAAUUGCAAUUCUCGUUUUCGCUUCCGAAGGUUCUGGUGACCUAUUGGAUGUCUCAUUCGUCGUCGUAUGGAUUUAGAGUCUUUUCUGAUGGUCUUCAAUUGACGGCGUCGUUUAGGCAAACUGUACAACACUCGUCGGUUAAUAGGCACUCAUCACAUGACCUGUACCUGGUGGGCGACCCAAAUCCACGUCUACGGAGGAGAGAGUCGUCCACCAAGCGACGGAUCUCCUUCAGAAGAUACUUUCCUCUGGGCUUCGGAAGAGUACAGUAUGCCAGAGAGACAUUCCCCGGGAAAGAUGUCCCACUUCAUAAAGUCACCGCAUUCGAUCUGAAAAUGGCAUGGACCGCGGAGAAUCGAGACGCUUGCCUCACAAUUGCAGAUGGUGUCCAUAGAGCGCACAUGCUUCGGAGAAUUCUGAGCAAUGACGCUGUGAAGACGCUAAAUGUGCAUUUGGAAGAGACGGUGGAGCCAAAAGAUCCGACACCUAAAAAAGAGACAAAGACCCAUCGGAGGGGGUAUAGUGUGACGGAGACGAAUCCGUGGAUGUUGACACAGCUGAUUGAUGAGGUUGGGACGAAGUUGGUUGCUCAUUGUGAGCAGGCAUCUGAUGUUCCCAUUGAUUCGCUGAUUGGAGUACAUCAGUCGACGAUGGAUGAUGUUAAAUUGUUGAAUUGGCAGAUCGACCUUUUCAACAGUCAACUGGUGCUGAAAGGAUGCGAACGGGAUGGGUUCCUGCUGGUGUGUGCUGCGAAAUCGCAGCUUUUACAGAAUUUCCACCGAAACGUCUGGAAGCGAAGUCUAUUGCUCAGCAAGAAGUCGUGGAGCGCCAAGCUCUCCGGCAUGCAAUACUUUGCCCCGAUCUCCCUCUCCGCCUCAGGAACCAACAAUAAAGAGAAGUUCCGUUGGUUGCCACGAGAAGUGAUCGAUGAGAAAUCCCAAGACACCGGUGGUUUCGCAGACGACUUCGUUCAAAAGUUCACAGCCACCGGAGAAGCAGUGGGUGGAGUCGUACAGACCGAAGAGGAGUCUGCUGUUCAAUUGCAACGGAUUGUCUCCAGAUGCUCUUGUCAAAUCUACUUCUGCUACUUCUCCGAUGAGCUGAAGACUGAUUCAUCUGAAGAUAUCUCUGUCCCACCGCAAAUCGACCCUAAGCACCAAUCUCUCAAUACAGACGCCAUUGGAAUCGAUGUGUUGACUCUGAAACAUAAUAUGCUGGAAGCCACGUCGAAUUCUGAGCAAUACGAGAUGGUAGUGGACAUCGUCAACAAUUUGGCAUUGUUUGUUGAUCCGAUAAAAAAAGAAAUGGGCGAGAAACGGCGGAGACUGAGAUUCGAGUGUCAGCUGAUGGGAAUGGCUGAGAUGCGGGCGAAAAUCAUGCGUUAUCAGUCGGAGUUAAGAGAGAUUGUGUCACUUGGAAGGUAUUUGGAACGGCAGUUGUUCUAUUUGAGCAACGAGGAGAAUACCAUGGAGAAAAUCGAGUAUACCGAGGAUCAACUGAUCCAGGAGGCCGAGGAGACGAAACAACGAAUGCUGACAGUCUCAGAGAAGCUGGCAACCUAUAUUAGUAGUUAUAAACAGCGACAAGUCAAUCAGGUGAAGGAGUUUGACGAGGGGAAGAAUGCCAAGAAAGGGGUGGAGGUUAUCAGAAGAUUCGAGGUCUGUUUCGAGGAUUGCAUAUGGAAAUUGACAGAAUCGGAUGGGCAAAUUGCACUGGCACAGACACAGAUUAGAAACUUCCUCUACACCCGGACAGUUAGGGAUAGCAACUGUGGAGAUCAUUUGUUUGAAGUGGGAAGUGUUAGAAUCACGAAUCUCCUCCCGGAUACGAUCUACAAGCAUGCGCUCCAUAGAGAUGAAACUCGGCAGACGCGACAGCCGGCGAUUCGAUUAUACGUUCGGGAUAUGCCACCGGUUGGUGGGAUUAGUGUUAAAGAGCACUUCGAGCUAAACAUUGCUCCGAUGGUUGCGGAGAUCACGCAUCGGUUGUUCGACAAGAUGAUGAGGUUCUUUUUCCCCGGAAGGAAUAUUCACGCGAAUGACAGUUUGGAUGGAGGCGAUGAUGAGAGUAGUUCGACUUUCUCAUUCACUCGAAAAAUCGCCAGCACGCUUAGCAUGAGGAGCAACAAGUCGGCGUCAGAGAAGUUGGGUCUCCAGAAGUCGCUAUACGAAAAGGACGAUAUCGAUCGGAUGAAGGAGCGAGCGGAUAAAGUCAACCAUUUCAUGUAUAUCAAAAUUCCCGAAGUUUCUUUCGUCGUUUCGUACAAGGGCAACAAAGACAAGAAUCUAAUCGAUGUGAAUCAAUUCAACUUCAUCUUUCCCCUAUGCGAAUAUCACGAACAGAACUGGACAUGGUUGGAUUUAGCGCUAGCUGUGAAGCAACGAUGUAAACGAGUGCUCGUUCAACAGUUCAUGAAGCAGAAGCUGCUUCGAAAUCGAAUUUCCAACUUCUCCAUCGAGCCAACGCCCCAGGGUGUUAGUGAGGAUGAGAAGAAGCGGAUAGCAGUUGGAAUUACAACAUCCGAUCAAAAAUCACGAAGACUCCCAAAUAACGUGUGUGUAAUAUCUUCUCUCAUCGUCAAUUGUCUCCUCAAUCAACUCCUCUCAAUGAAACGGGUCAAGGCCAAUCGAUCUUCUUUACUUUACUCUUCCCAUUUGUUUUGCGACGAGCAGCGUACCGCCCGGCGGUCACUCCGUUUCUCUCGCACCCUCCUCGUCUCGCACACUCUCUCCCCGCCUUGCAGUUCUUUCCACGUCGCAGUGUGCUGA